GGCCGACGUUUAGGGGGAGUGUCUGAUCGAAAUUGAAUUUCUUUGUGAUUAUUACGCUGUAAGGUCACGAAACAGCCCUCAAGAGGCUCCAAACAUUCCAAAUUUAAAAGACUGAACUUUUUUUAAGAAGUGGAUAACAAUGGCUUGGCGUUUUAAAGCCUCUAAAUAUAAAAAUGCGGCACCCAUUGUGCCAAAGCCCGAGGCUUGCAUCAGGGACAUUUGUGUGGGGUCGUAUCAGACUUAUGGGAACAAUAUUUGUGCGUCUGCCGCUUUUAUGGCUUUUAACUGGGAGCAUGUUGGUUCGAGUAUGGCUGUGUUACCUCUUGACGACUGUGGGAGGAAGAGUAAAACAAUGCCUUUGCUUCACGCACAUUCCGAUACCAUAACGGACAUGGAAUUUUCACCUUUCCAUGAUGGUCUACUUCUCACUGGGUCACAGGAUUCUUUGGUGAAAGUCUGGCACAUUCCACCUGAAGGUUUGAAAGAAUCGCUAAGCACGCCUGAGUGUACAUUAUCUCAGAAGCAACGCCGGGUUGAGAAUGUUGGCUUCCAUCCUGUUGCUGAUGGCCUUAUCCAUGUUGCUUCUGGACAUGAGCUCGCCUUGUGGGACUUGACUAAGCAGAAGGAGGCUUUUGUAAACAAAGAUCACUCGGAAGUGAUUCAAUCAACAUCAUGGAAGAAAGAUGGCCGGCUGCUCGUGACAUCAUGCAAGGAUAAGAAGGUCCGUGUGAUUGACCCGCGCGCUGCGUCACCUGUGCUCAAUGUCGCCAAUAGCCACCAAAACAUUAAGGACAGCCGAGUUGUAUGGUUGGGUGACCAGGACCGCAUAUUGACUACUGGUUUCGAUGCAGCGCGCCUCCGCCAAAUCAUGAUUCGCGACGUCCGCAACCUGUCGCAGACGCAAAAGACCCUCGAGCUGGAUUGCUCUACUGGCAUUCUCAUGCCUCUCUUCGAUGCGGACACUAACAUGUUAUUCUUGGCUGGAAAAGGCGACACCACCAUUUUGUACAUGGAACUUACAGACCGGGAGCCUUAUUUAAUUGAGGGACUGAGGCAUUCUGGUGAGCAGACGAAAGGCGCGUGCUUGGUGCCUAAACGCGCGCUCCGCGUAAUGGAAGGCGAGGUGAACCGUGUUCUGCAGUUGGCCGGCUCCUCUGUCGUGCCCAUUAUGUACCAGGUGCCCAGAAAGAGCUACCGCGAUUACCACGCAGACCUGUAUCCGGACACGAGCGGGUGCGUGACGCACCUGUCUGCGCCCAUGUGGCUCGACAACCAGGACUGCCCCGUGCCAGUCAUCUCGCUGCACCCCGAUGCUAAUAAUAGCACGCAGGUCCAUCGUGGUAACUUAGACGACGUAGUACAGGCAAUUCUCUCAAUGCCUACAAUCAAAAAGACUGAUAAUAAAAAACCAACUACGCCAGCGACUGAAGAAUGUAUGAAACCCAUAGUUAGGCCUACACCACCGCCGGCUGAGCCACAAGAUGAAGACCGCAUAGACUUUGUCAAUGUAAAAGACCUUAUCAAAGGCAUGGAGAAACAAAAGAAUAAAGAAUUCGCCAAAUCAACCGAUUUCCCGAAGGAAGCAAAUGGUUUCCAUAAGAAAAUCGACAACGGUCACGAAAACGGUCUCGACAGAAAGUCCGAUGAUGAAAAAACCGAUAUCAGCGAGAAGCCUGAAAAGAUUAUUGAACGAAUUGAAAAGAUUCAAACGCCCACUGAAAAACCGGAAAAGAUUUUUGAGCAGACCGUUGGUGAAAAGACCGAAAAUGUUGAUGAUUUGAUCGAUACGGUUGUUGAAAAGGUCGAAAACGUCGAAAUAAGUAUUGAAAAGUUAGAAAAGACUGUGGAAAAAUCGGAAAGUAUCGAUUCUACCGAGUCUUCUCUAUCAAGGAGCAAUAGUUACGUGAAUGGAGUACCUGUUCAAGUACCAAAGCCAUUACCUAGGUCAUCUAUUUCUGAAGCUGGCUCCAUGGAGGAACAAUUGACGGAAGCACCCAAACCGAAACCAAGAACAACCACAGCUGGAUCGGGUUAUAAGCCGCGUCUCGGACCGAAGCCAUUCUCCGCUUCGCAGGGCAACGAAGAGUUCUCAUUCGACAAAGUUUUCUCCGUGCCCGUUGUGCCCGGAAUGACCAAGUCGGAUUCUGCGACGUCUCCCCUCUCGGGUCCCACGGCAGGCACUCCGAUAUCUUCAUCGACGCCCGUGACGAAGCAAUCUAGCGAGGAGAAGGACAAAUCGCUCUCACCCACAAGUGACGUUGAAAUACCACAUCAUAAAGAGGAAUACACGAACGGCAAAUCAGAUACAAGCCUAGAAGAGGAAGUGAAUUCUUCCGACUCUGGCUACAUUCCAAAGACGCCCAGCACAGCGGACAGGAGGAAACUCUUCGAGAAUACUGAUGGGAACCAGUCAUUCGCAGACCGCCGACGCGCGUACGAAAUGCGUUCAGUCAGUGUCGCUGUUGAAUCGGACACUCCGCCCUCACCAGCUCCUCUUCGCCGUCGAGAUUCGUUGAAGUCACGCAAGAGUCCGGAUCGUGAAGACAAGCGUGCGUCCGUACCCAACGUUACUACGAAAAGAACUUCUACUGUUUUCGGUAAAGUUUCCAAGUUCCGCCAUCUGAAAGGUACUCCCGGACACAAGUCCGUACAAGUAGAAAACAUCAAGAACAUCAGUCGUCAGAUUUCUGGCGAAUGCAACGGGUUUUACGCCAACGGCGUGCGUUGCGCCGUGCCGGUGAGCGGCGGCGGCGGGCGCGUGGCCGUGAUCGAGCUGCCGCUGGGCGCGACGCCGGGCGCCCGCGCACCCCCCUCGCACCCCGCGGCCCUGCACGCGCCCGCGCUGCUGCACCCCGCGCCGCUGCAGGACUGGGCCUUCGACCCCUUCCGCGCCGAGCGCCUGCUCGUCGCCUGCGACGACGGCCAGGUGCGCGAGUGGAUCAUCCCCGACGGCGGACUUCAGGAAUCAACAAACGAACCGGCCCGUACGUUUUCCGCGCACCCAGACAAAAUCUACAUCGUAAGAUUCCACCCGACCGCCAGUGACGUGCUCACAACUGCCGCUCACGACCUGACCGUGAAAAUUUGGGACCUGAGUGUGGACCCGCCCACGGCCGCCAUUACUCUGACCGGACACACUGAACAGAUAUUCGCUUUGGAUUGGUCGCCGUGCGGGGAGUACCUUGCUACCGUUUGCAAAGACGGACUUGUACGGAUCUACCAGCCGCGGGCGUCGGCGGCGCCGCUGCGCAGCGGACCCGGGCCGGCGGGCAGUCGCGGCGCACGCGUCGUCUGGGCGUUGCACGCCACGCACCUCGUCGUCACCGGGUUCGACAAGGUGUCGGAGCGGCAGAUUCUGCUGUACAAGGCGAGCGACCUGUCGGCGCCGGUGUGCACCGUGGGCCUGGACGUGUCCCCCGCCAUCCUGCAGACGCACCUGGACCACGACUCGGGAACGCUCUUCCUAACGGGGCGGGGUGACUCGACGAUCUACUGCUACGAGGUGACGUGCGAGCCGCCGUUCCUGUGCGCGCUGUCACACCACCGCUGCGCUUCGCUACAUCAGGGCAUCGCCUUCCUGCACAAAAAUCUCGUUGCCGUUGAGAAGGUGGAAUUCGCUCGCGCACUCCGGCUCACCAACGGCAACAUCGAACCACUAUCGUUCACAGUACCCAGGAUAAAGAGCGAGCUCUUCCAGGAUGACCUGUUCCCGCCCACUUUGGUAACAUGGGAGGCGUGGCAGAGCGGUGCCGAUUGGCUUGCUGGCAAGCACGUCGCGCCGCGCACAUUUAGCUUGCAGCCGCCGGGCAUGGAGCCACUGUCGGCGCACACGGCUUCGCCAGUGGGCCGCGACAGCCGCGAGAGGCCGGUGCCGGCCGCCGCCAAGCCUAAGCCGGACCUCGUCCGCGCGCACAUGCCCUUAGACCCCAAGGAGAAACAAGACAGUAUAAUGAAGUCCAUGAGCGCUAAAGUGACAAUGAACCUGAAACUGGAGCAGGACAGCAUGGAAGGAGUCGACGAGGCGGAGUGGGAUCAGUAACAAGUGCAAUUUUAUACUAGUGUAGCUCCCCGACUUACUGUAUACCUCUUGUGCAAGGUACAGGCGCCUUCAAAUUAGACGAGUCGUAAAAGAAUAUAAUUAAUAGAAGUCGCUCGCGCGUAUCACGACACCACCCAUAUCUUUCUACAUUAAUUUUGAUUAUUGUGACCCUCCCAACCUUCCCUUAAGGUCAUGACAGAGGCGCUGCAAAUGCGCUUCUAAAUAUAUGAAUUAUAUAUUGUAUGAAAGUGACUGGUGGCGCUACUGCACCGCUUCUAUAAGUGUGUAAUUUGAAAGCGUUUUUAUCUACACAUGGUGAGGUCCUUAGACACACAACCAAACCUACCUGACUGCGGCAGAACCAAAAAGGAAAGUAAAGCUUUUCAUAAGUUGUUUAUGUUACGAUACAAUUUUUGUUUAACAUAAGUUAGCCGGAUUUACAUUUGUCUGAUUUAUUGUGUCGUGACACAAUAAAACAACACGUAACUUUUUUACACGUAAGAAGGUGGUUACUUUAUUCACGAAAAAGUUUCGCUUGCUCUGCUCGUCGUGCUUAGUUCAAAAUUAAUAGUAUUCGGCAAUACUGCAUUAUUACACAGGGUUAGUUUGUAAAAUACUAACAACCUCACAGGACUAUGUUAUUAACAUCUUAAACACCAACUGUUGUUCCAAGUCUUUUUACAAAAUUUACCACAUAUAAUCUAAGUUUUUGUUGUACUAUCUCA